AUGUUAAUAAAGAAAUAGCAUAUUUAGAAAUUUUAAAUAUAGCUGAUGAUGAUAAUAAUAACAUAGAAGAGAUAAUUGUUGAUAAUAAGAAUGAAUUCUUUUAUAAUUUAUUUGACCUUGAAGACAUUAUUGUUAACUAUUUUACAAAUAAUGAAGAA